AUGAGUGGCUCAGAACCAGAGGUGACUUUACAACAAAUUCACUCUUUUGAGAUAAUUGAGGCUAAUGGCGAUACAAAAAUCGACGAGUCAUCAAGUAGUGAUCAAGAUAGAGGCAGAAAGUCGUCACCAAAAAGAAACUUCCCAAAGUCAAGCAAAAAAGGCGGUAGGUCCGCAGUGAAGAGAGCCGUCCACAUAAAGAAGAGGGAAAGCGUAUCCCAAACGAGGCUGACGGCGCCCAUCGAAACAGGAAGCGACAGCGAAAAAGAAAGCAGGAGCGACACAGACCCAAACUCAGAUGUGAAUGGAUCAGCGCACGCCAAAAAGUCAGUAAACUUGGUGGGAAAAGAACCACGAAAACGUGGUAGAAAACCAAAGAGAGAACCGUCAAAAAACGAUAAAAGCGAGAAGCCACGACCGAAGGAAAUCAAAGAGGAAGAUAUUCAGCCACAGCGUGACCACUUUCACAAACCACCAGUGGGGCAAUUAAAGAAGACAGGGGAAAGUUUUUUGUAA